AUGGCCUCCUCCUCCGGAAGCAGCAGCGCCGCCGCCGCCGCCGCCUCGGGCGCCGCCAGCCCCGCCCUGCAGAGAGGCAUCGUCAAGAUGGUUCUCUCUGGCUGCGCCAUCAUUGUCCGCGGCCAGCCUCGUGGAGGACCGCCUCCCGAGAGGCAGAUCAACCUCAGCAACAUCCGGGCUGGCAACCUGGCACGCCGGGCAGCUGCGGGGCAGCCAGAUGGCAAGGACACAGCAGACGAGCCCUGGGGGUUCCCAGCCCGCGAAUUCCUGCGGAAGAAGCUCAUCGGGAAAGAGGUUUGCUUCACGGUGGAAUACAAGGCGCCCCAAGGCCGGGAGUAUGGGAUGGUGUACCUGGGGAAAGACACAGCUGGGGAGAACAUCGCAGAGUCGCUGGUGUCCGAAGGGCUGGCCAGCCGCCGGGAAGGCUUGCGUGGCAACAAUCCAGAGCAGAACCGGCUGGCUGAGCUGGAGGAGCAGGCCAGGAUCGCCAAGAAGGGCAUGUGGAGCGACGGCACCGGAUCCCACACCGUCCGGGACCUGAAGUACACCAUCGAGAACCCCCGCCACUUUGUGGACUCCAUGCACCAGAAGCCCGUCAAUGCCAUCAUCGAGCACGUCCGGGACGGCAGCGUGGUGCGGGCUCUGCUCCUUCCCGACAACUACCUGGUGACGGUGAUGCUCUCCGGCAUCAAGUGCCCCACCUUCAAGCGGGAAGCGGACGGCACGGAGACCCCCGAGCCCUUUGCGGCGGAAGCCAAGUUCUUCACGGAGUCUCGUCUGCUCCAGAGGGACGUGCAGAUCGUCCUGGAGAGCUGCCACAACCAGAACAUUCUGGGCACCAUCCUUCAUCCGAAUGGGAACAUCACAGAGCUGCUCCUGAAGGAAGGCUUUGCUCGCUGCGUCGACUGGUCCAUCGCCGUUUACACCCGAGGAGCAGAGAAGCUGCGAGCGGCCGAGAGGUAUGCCAAAGAGCGCAAGCUGAGGAUCUGGAGGGACUAUGUGGCGCCUACGGCCAACCUGGACCAGAAGGACAAGCAGUUUGUGGCCAAGGUGAUGCAGGUGCUGAACGCAGACGCCAUCGUGGUGAAGCUCAACUCAGGCGACUACAAAACGGUCCACCUCUCCAGCAUCCGCCCCCCUCGGCUGGAAGGCGAAGGCACACAGGACAAGAACCGGAAGCUGCGCCCCCUCUACGACAUUCCCUACAUGUUUGAGGCCCGGGAGUUUCUGCGCAAGAAGUUGAUUGGGAAGAAGGUCAACGUCACGGUGGACUACAUCCGGCCGGCCAGCAGCGCCACAGACACGGCCCCUGCCUUCUCGGAGCGCACCUGCGCCACCGUCACCAUUGGCGGCAUCAACAUCGCCGAAGCCUUGGUCAGCAAGGGCCUGGCCUCCGUCAUCCGCUACCGACAGGACGAUGACCAGCGGUCCUCGCACUACGACGAGCUGCUGGCGGCCGAGGCUCGGGCGAUAAAGAACGGGAAAGGACUGCACAGCAAGAAGGAGGUCCCGAUCCACCGGGUGGCCGACAUCUCUGGGGACACCCAGAAGGCCAAGCAGUUUCUGCCCUUCCUGCAGCGGGCCGGCCGCUCGGAGGCCGUGGUGGAGUACGUCUUCAGCGGCUCCCGCCUCAAGCUCUACAUGCCCAAGGAAACUUGCCUUAUCACCUUCCUGCUCGCAGGUAUCGAAUGUCCCCGUGGAGCACGAAACCUGCCCGGCCUGGUCCAGGAGGGGGAGCCCUUCAGCGAGGAGGCCACUCUCUUCACAAAGGAGCUGGUGCUGCAGCGAGAGGUGGAGGUAGAGGUGGAGAGCAUGGACAAAGCCGGGAACUUCAUCGGCUGGCUGCACAUUGACGGCGUCAACCUGUCGGUGGCCUUGGUGGAGCAAGCACUGUCCAAGGUGCACUUCACGGCGGAACGCAGCAACUACUACAAGCCCCUGGUGGCUGCAGAGGAGGCCGCCAAGCAGAAGAAGGAGAAGGUGUGGUCGCACUACGAAGAGGCCCCCGUGGAGGACGUGGUCCUGGUCCCCGAGGAGAAGGAGCGCACGGCCAACUACAAGCCCGUCUUUGUCACGGAGAUCACAGAUGACCUCCACUUCUAUGUGCAGGAUGUGGAGACAGGGACCCAGCUAGAGAAGCUGAUGGAGACCAUGCGGAGCGAGAUUGCUGCCCACCCCCCCGUGGAGGGCUCCUACUCCCCCCGCCGCGGAGACUACUGCAUUGCCAAGUUUGUCGACGGAGAGUGGUACCGCGCCCGGGUGGAAAAGGUGGAGUCUUCAGCCAAAGUGCAUGUCUUCUACAUCGACUAUGGAAACAAGGAGACUCUUCCCUCCACCCGCCUGGCCACCCUGCCAGCCGCCUUCAGCACCCGCAUCCUCCCUGCUCAGGCCGCCGAGUACAAGUUUGCUUUCAUCCAAGUCCCCCAAGAUGAGGAGGCCAGGGCAGACGCCGUGGACAGCGUGGUGCGCGACAUCCAGAACACCCAGUGCCUGCUGAACGUGGAGCACCCCGGGCCCAGCUGCCCCCACGUCACCCUGCAGUUUGCCGACUCCAAGGGCGACGUGGGGCUGGGGCUGGUGAAGGAGGGGCUGGUGAUGGUGGAACCGCGCAAGGAGAAGCAGUUCCAGAAAGUGAUCACAGAGUACCUGAAUGCCCAGGAGGCAGCCAAAAGUGCCCGGCUGAACUUGUGGCGCUACGGAGACUUCCGCGCUGACGACGCCGACGAGUUUGGCUACAGCCGCUAAGCGACAAUCCCGCUGGCCCCUCGCGGCCCCCGCCACGCCCCCCCUUCCUGAACCCCAAGCGCCGCCCUGCCUCUGGAGCCCAGUGCCCACCCGGCGGGCGAGAGGGGGCGGGCUUCGUCCGACUCCAGGAGCAGACAGACUUGGCAGUGCCGGCCUGCGGAGGGAGUCCUGGGGUCUCCCCCCCCCCAGCCAAGCCUGCCCCCUCCCCACCCUCCUCCUCCAGCAGCAGCAGGGGGGGUGUCUGCGUGACGCUUUGGAAGCCAAUAAAAGUAGUGAGAAGCUGGAA